AGAAACAAAGACUUUGCACAGAGAGAACGGAGAUUAAGUUUGGAAAGAUUCUACAAUUUUUUCAAUGUUGAUUAAGACUUAUUCAAGGAAAUCUAUCUUCGCUUCAGACUACAAGGAUAAAGACUGUCCCUGUCGUAGAAUUUGGAAUGCGGAGGACAUGAAAAAGUUAGUCCAAAUUGGACUAGUGGGGCCAGCGUCUCAUAUCAGGGUUCACAGACCUCGGUCGCUACAUUUUUUGUGGUGGAAAUUUGACUACAGCUAUAAUCACCACUACAUGGUGGUGUCUGCCACCACAGAAUCACUGACAAUCAUACACUAUGCGCCCAAAAGGAUUUCUAGCAUUCUUUUGUUUCGGGGUGUGGCUGAAAUCAAAGAAGAGACGGUAAAAAUUGAAAACAACACUGAUACUUUAGAUUUUAAAUCUGGAGUUUAUCUUAUCGUUAAGGACAAGUACCCGAAGACCCUCAGACAAAGAAGUUACUGUGUAAAGAAAGCCAGAAGGAGAUUGGGGGAGAGACAGUACUCGGUCUUCCACAAUAACUGUGACAGUUUUGUGUCGUGGACACUCAUAGGAAAGUCUAUUUCUAUCCAGGCUAUGGAGGCCACAGGGUUACUGUUGUUAAUCGGCCUCCUAGCCCGGACUUCUAUCAGGAUCUAUAGGUUUGUUAUGUCUCUUAUAGAUGGGGUCAACGAUUUUAUCGAUUCAUUUGGAUAAUGUUGAUAUUUAUUAUUUAAGAUAUUUAUGUUACCGGGUAAUAUGUUUUUGUGUGAUUAUGAUUAAUUGUAUUGAUUGACUUAAUUUAAUCAAAGUACUUUUUAUAAUUAAAACCCCGAAUUAUUCGUGUGUAAUUUAGGCACAACUCUUGUAGUGCAUAAACAAUUAUAUAUUAACACAAAACACAAUUUUAAUGAGUGUAUAAUUUAUAAAGUGUUCAUGAAUUCAGUCUCAAAGGUUUUUGUAAAUCAGAAUAGUCAUCCAAUUAAUAAUAUUUUUUUUCUUAU